AUGGCUCUAGAGGUCGUUUGUGGAGCUUUUCUCUCUGGUUUAUUUCAGGAAAUAUUUCAUAAGAUGGCCUCUCGGGAUGUCAUGGACUUCAUCAAGGGGAAGAAGCAGACCAAAGGGUUGCUAAACAGGUUGGAGUUGACGCUGCAAUCUGUUAUUGUUCUGGAUGAUGCUGAAGAGAAGCAGUUAAGUAACUCCGAUGUGAAGGAGUGGCUGGAUGAGCUUAAAGAGGCCGUCUUUGAUGCUGAGGACCUGUUGAACGAGAUCAAGACAGAUGCCAUGAGGAGCAAGUUGGAAGCUGAACAAUAUGGAAGUCGCACAAGUAAGUUACACCAACUCAUGUCUGUUUUCUUUCAUGCUUUCGAUGAAUCAGUAGAUCCCAAGAUAGAGGAAAUUCUUGAGAGAUUAGACUUGAUUGUUAGCUGGAAAGAUGCCCUUAAUUUGAAAGCAGGUGCUAGGCACAGACUCUCAAUGAGAGUGAUACUCCCUUCGACUUCUCUGGUAGACGACUCUGGUGUCUAUGGAAGGUACGAAGAUAAGGAGACCAUGACUAGGUUGUUAUUAUGGAACGAUGCUAGUGGCCCAUCGUGGGCAUGGGUGGGAUUGGAAAGACCACCAUUGCUCAGCUCUUGUACAAUGAUGUAA